AUGGCUUUAAUUAAGAAUAACGGGGCUAUUAUAGACCCAGGUCUGUGUAGAUGCUGUAGGGCUAUAAAGAAAUGCAGGAUUAUGACUUCGGAGUACACUUGGAUGGAGAAAAAGGAAGUUUAUGCUGAUAUGAUUAUGGAUUGCUUUGGUAUUCUUCUAUCUCAUGUUGAUGAGGAUGUUAAGGAUAGCGGUAUUUGUGCAACAUGCGUUGUACGACUACGUGACGCGUGUGCAUUUCGCCAACAAGUUUUGCAAUGUGAGGAAUUGUUUUUAAAUGCAAAACUGGGGGAUAAAGAUGAGACAAAGAAAGAUACAGAAAUUGAGCUGAAAACUGAACCAAAAGAUGAUUGCAGUGAACACAGUUCGUCUAACGAAGAUCAUCAGGAUAUCAUAUCUUUAGAUUUUCCAUCGCAUGUUGUUGAAGAUGUAAAACCUCCCAAAACAGAAGAUGAAGAAGACAAACUAAAAGUUGAAGAACCAAAAGAGAUGCCCAAAGACAUGGAGAUCGAUAUCGAUGAUGUUGAUGAUGAUGAUGAUUACCACGAUGAUUACUCCGGAUCAUCAUCAGACUCGGAUAAACCGAUUAAAAGGAAAACAAAGGGUAAAAAAACAAAAACAUCUAAAACAAUAGGUACACCGAAAAAGAAGUUGUUGAAAAGUAAAGGGACCAAGUUGAAGAAAUCAGGUUCAAGCAAAAAGUUGUUAUCACCAAAAUUGAAAAAACCUCCUGUCGAAAAGAAGAACACAUACGAUCGAGAUCUUGACUGUAUGUCAGAAGAGAAUCUCCUCACCAUCAUACAGUAUUCUUAUGUAUGUCCGUUUAAGAACCGAAGGAAUAACUAUUAUUGCUUUUACUGUAAGGAUUAUUACCCGAAACCAGAAGACCUGAGGGAGCAUACAGUUACCCACGACACCAAACCGUUUCAACUACUAAUGGGAUAUAGGAAAAUGCCUAAAAUUGACAUAACUAGAAUUGACUGUCGGUUGUGCCCAAUGAAAAUUACUGACUUAGAAGUCUUCAAGAAACAUAUAGACCAAGUGCAUGGAAAGAAAAUAUAUUUUGAAGCCCCAGAUAAGAUGUUGCUGUACAAACUAACGUGGAAUGACUUAGUUUGUCUCAUGUGUAGCGACAUCUUUGAAGAUUUCAACACUCUUAACACCCAUAUGGUGGAACAUUUCAGUAACUUUACGUGUGAUAUUUGUGGUGUGUGCUUCUUAGAGAAACCUCGUUUGGACGCUCAUUUAAAACGUCAUAAAGAUGACGAGCGCCAUACUUGUGAAGUGUGCGGUAAAGUGUUCAAAUCAAAUCAUUACAAGGACAUGCAUGUAGAUAUAGUGCAUAAAAAGAAAGCAAUAAUCCGUUGUCCACAGUGCGAUGAGUGUUUUAUGUCUUACGCGUUGAAAAAUAAACAUUUGACCGAAGCACACGGUCAAAAGCGUACGUAUCCGUGUAAUUUGUGUGAUAAAGUGUAUAAUAGGCAGAAAACACUGACUGAACACCAGCGAAGGAACCACCAGAAGGUUUUGAAGCACCAGUGUGAGUAUUGCGACCAGAGAUUUUAUCUGCCAUCCCGUCUGAAAGAACAUAUAGCAACGCAUACAGAUACUAAGGCAAAGAAAAAUAACGGGCCUUUAGUAAACCCUGCUCUAUGUCGUUGUUGUCGUUCAAUAAAGAAAUGUCGCCUAUUAACUGCAGAAUACGAGUUUAUGGACACGAAGGAAGUGUAUUCAGAUAUGUUUAUGGAUGUUUUUGGUCUUCUCCUAUCGCAUCUAGAUGGCGAGAGCAAAGAUUCAUGUAUUUGUGCAACAUGUGUGUCGCGGCUUCGUGAGGCUUCUGCUUUUAGGAGGCAAGUCCUACAGUCUGAACAGAUGUUCCUUGAAGCAAGAUUGCAGAAUAAAGAUGAAAAUGAACACAUUGUUAAGAGUGAAAUUAAAACGGAACCUGUCUGUGAGUCCGAUACACCUGAUAUGGCAAUGGAUGACACUUCCAAUGACCAUCACGAUAUCGAUAGUAUAAAGGCUCAUAUGCAAGAAGCCACAGAUAACAAACCUAAAGAUCGAAAAAAGAUCAGGAAUGGACAGAAAAGUAAAAUAAGUAAGGAAUUGAGGAGUAACAAGAGCUUGCGAGUGAAGCUGGACACGCUGUUGAUGACCAAUGGACACCCAAAAAAGAUGUCAAAAGAGAUCAUAGACCAUGACCAAAUGGCCUAUUCCAACACGGUCACCAUAGUCCAGAAUUCAUUCGUCUGUCCAUUCCACAACCGCAUCAGCAUUUACUAUUGCUACUAUUGCAAAGACCAGUUCACUAACCCGAGUGAACUCAGAGAGCACACGCUCACGCAUGACCCAAAAGAAUUAUUCGAAGACACAACAGAAAACAAGAAAAUACCAAAAAUCGAUAUAACAAGAAUCGAUUGUCGACUGUGCACAGAAAAAAUCGAUGAUCUGGAAACAUUCAAGCGUCACAUCACUAGUGUCCAUGACAAAUCGAUUUAUCCCAUCACUAACGAGUUCCUGAAGUUCCGUUUGACGUUAAACAACUUGACGUGUACAGAGUGUGAUAGUGUUUUUCCAUAUUUCGAUUCGUUGAAAAAGCAUAUGAUCGAUCAUUUUGGUACGUUUACUUGUGAUAUAUGCGGUACUUGUUUUCUGGAACAGGCUUCGCUUCGAACUCAUAUAAAAUCUCACAGCAAAGUGGAUGUUAAUUUUCCAUGCGAAAUUUGCGGCAAAAAUUUGAAAUCUAAAUACAGUCGAACGCUACACGUAGCUACGGUGCAUGAAAAAAAACCUUUUGUUAAUUGCUACAAGUGCGAGGCAGCUUUUCUGUCUUAUGCUUUGAGGAAUCGCCAUUUAAUUGAGGUCCAUGGUGAUAAACGAACAUUUCCCUGUAAAUUAUGUGAUAAAGUGUAUAACAGAAGGAAAACUCUUAUGGAACACAACAGACGGAAUCAUUUGAAGGUGUACAGACACCAGUGUGAUUUGUGUGAUCAGAGAUUUUAUUUACCUUCUCGUCUGAAAGAACAUAUGGCAACACACACCGGAGAAAGGAAUUUCAGAUGUGAAUUUUGUGAUAAAAGUUAUCCCCGACUUCAAUCUUUGCAAGAACAUAUAAGGACUCAUAAUAGUGAAAGAAGACUUAAAUGUGAUGUGUGCAACUCGACUUUCACUCAAAGUGGCAGCUUAAAAACCCAUAUGAAGAGUCAUCAUCAAGUGUUUGAAUUGGACGGGAGUUUUAAU